AUGUCUCAGUUGGAAAUAUUGUGCCCGAAUGGACAUCGCGUUGUCGUCAAUGUUCUUGAUGAGGCUUGUUUGAAAAAAGGCUUCCUACCAUGCACUGAUUAUGAAUUGAGACAUGGCAAAAAGGUUCUAGGACUCUCUUCCUCCAUUCAGGAAUCUAGCCUGCCUAAUCACGCCAAACUUGAAUUAGUGAAAUGUGCAAAACCAUGGGUGGAGUCAAAGGUUUUGGUGCAGGUACAGACAUCGGAGGGGGGUAGAGUACAACGAGACUUCCUGCCUUCAGUUACGCUGUUUCAGUUGUUUGAAAGUUUUGAGGAAAAUGAUGGAAGACAUACGUUUCGUGAAGUUAGCAGUACAAUGCUAGAUCAAAUCAAAGAACAGAUAUCAAAAGAUUUGGCCUAUAUGCAAAAAUUAAUCAAUAAAUGUAGUGAAUUAUCGCCCAAAGUGCCUACCAAUACUUCUACAAGUUACGUCCUCAAAGAGAGCAGUGCUUUGGCUUGCUCCGAUGAAGCCAUUCCUGAUAAAAAGUCAAAAAUGACCUUUGAUGAUUCAAACCUAGUAGCAGCCGGAACGAGCACCACACAAUCCACAAGUGGUCAGUUCAGCAGCGCUAGUGGCCACAGCAGCAACAUCAGUGGUUUUGAUUUUGAAAGGCAAGAAGAUAAUGUAGUCAUUCAACCAUUUCUUCAUUCUGGUUUUAAGAGUCAACAUCUGACGGAUCAACCGCUGAUGACGCAAGCAAUGAGAAAAAUGGAAAUGGAAAUGAAGAUGGCCAAAUACAGCAGGGUUAUCAUUAGAAUUCAGUUCCCAGACAGACAUGUAGCUCAAGCAGUAUUCAGACCAAGAGAAACAGUCCAUGCAUUGUACAAGUUUGUCCGAGAGUUAUUAGUAGACAAGAGGCUGGACUUCGAACUCUACACUACUCCACCGAAGCAGACGUUAAAUGACAUGACGGCAACUCUACUCGAAAGUGGCAUGGUACCCAUGACGAGAGUUUAUCUUACUUACUCAAGCACAAAAUCAGAUGGUUUGAUAAUGGAAGAGGUUCUUGCAAGUAACAUCUCGUCUAGGUUGAGCGUAGAAGCUGUCGUUCAUAAAUUCCUAUCUGAAGUUUCUUCAGCAUCUUCCUCCAUGGACGUCAGUGAUACUACCACUAGCAACAAAGCUGCUAACCAAAGAUCUGCUGACACAGCUGCAAGCACAGCUGUUGGCACAGCUGCUUCGAUGUCAGCAGCUUCAGCUGCUUCAAAGUCGACAGCUGUUCCAAAAUGGCUUACAAUGGGUACACUCUUAUUAUAUUUAGAACUUUUAUAUUUGAAACACAAAUUUGGUUUUAUUUUUUUUGUAAGAUGA